CAACUGUCAAUUUGACAAAUUCCUAUUACAGUUUUUUAUCCAUAGUAUGUUUUCAUACUAAUGUCGUCCAAACUAGAGCAAGUUCUAGAAAUAGACCCCCCCAAUGAGUUGGUUUUUAAAGGUCGAUACGAUGAACCAGUCACCUCCACUCUGACCCUAACUAACCCUUCAGACAAAAGAGUGAUAUUUAAAAUCAAAACAACAGCUCCAAGAAUGUACUGUGUUAGGCCUCCUUCUGGAACUAUCAAUGCUAACGAGAAACGUCAAAUAACAAUUUCUUUUCAACCAUCUGAAGAUGCCGUUGAGACGACCAUGCACAAAUUCAUGGUCCAAAGUGCGUACGCUCCACCAGGAGAUGUAAAUAUGGAGCAAAUAUGGAAGAAUAUUAUACCGGCGCAUCUCAUGGACACCAAACUGAGAUGUGUCUUUAACUUAACGGAGGAAAAGAACGAAGACCGCCAGGACUUUUCCCCAAAACUAGUGUCUACACCGAUCAAUACUUCCAGUGAAAUCGACAAUGUGGCUCAAGAGCUUCUUCAGGACAUUAAGAAGGAACAAGAAUCGUUUCUGAAGUUGGAAAACCAGACGCUAAGGGAUCAGAUCCGGCAGCUUCAAAUGGAAAUGCGAGCUACGAAUUCGACGACGGAUUACAUCCACAACAAUUCUUAUAACGUGGUCUAUUUCGUCGCAUCUCUUGCAGUCGCAAUUGCAGGUGCUGUGUUUGGAAAGUAUGUGCUCUAAAAAUUACUUUAUUUCAACAUUAGUGAGUAUAUUGAGUCAUUUAGCAAAUAUAUUUUUUGAACGAGAA